GCGGGCUUGCACAGGGCCUGGCCAGUGGAGUAGGGUACAGUAUGGUGCAUGUACUAAGCCUGAGUUUUAGCCAGCGCUACAUUAUGUACUGCGGGCUUGGUAUUACCUAAACCAUUUUUGCUGGGCCUUGCUGGUUUUUUUUUACCACCACCACCACCAAAAGAGAAUUGUAAGAGCAACCGCCAAACACCAAAAUAUCUACGGCCGUUUUCGCCUUACCAUCUGUCAUCUCCAAUCGUUUUAACAAGCGUCAUCUUGUAAACAAACAGUUUUUGUACUGCAUCAUCAACUAGCCUGCCUGCCACAGCGCUCUUGCAUUAUUUUCCGUGCCACCAUCGACCGGACCUCUAUUUAUUUUCUACAUUUUUUCUUCAAAGCCCCAAAAUUCACCACUUCCGCGGCGCUGCAACCACAAUCCAGCCCGCAACAAGCCAUUGACAAUGCCGACAACUUUACCCUCGAGUUUCGCCUCUGCCGCCGCCGGCCAAAAUGCCAAUCGUGAUGCUAGAGGCGGACGAUCUGAUGGAAGAGGUGUAGCUGGAGCUGACUGGUCACGACGUGACGGCCGUUCUGCCAAUGGCACAAUGACUUUCCGACGAACUUCUACCACGCCCCAAGGUAACUCGUCCCACCUCCCCCCGCCGCAGUCCGAGGCGGCGACAUCGACGCCAACCGACAUCCAAAGUGCUCCCCACUACGACCUGAGCUCCGCGCGUUACACGAAAGAAGACCUCCUCCAGAUGUAUAACCAUCAAAAACCUGCCGAUCCAUCGCGUCUCUUUCUGUCCGGAUGGGAUCCUAGCAAUAUCAACGGCUCUAGCGGACGUGGUUGGGGCAAAAGCAAUGAAAACCAUGUUCCCCAAGAACCUGGCGCAUGUUGGGAUCAGAACGGUGAGAGUACACCUCUCGGUCUCCAAGAAUUGUCAACAGAAGAGAAAGAGGCGUUUGCAACCGAUAUCAACUCGCCACUGAAGCCCCCGACUCAGAAUAAGGAGGGCCAUCAACAAAGCGUAAACGGCCGAAAAGGUUCUGUUUCCCAGGGAAGCGGGACUACAUACGGUGUUGCAUCUCCCUCGUCGAUGCAACGCCCCUCAACCAGACGCCGAGAGACAGGGGACUCGAACCCUUUUGGCGCAGGCGGCCUUGGUUCUCCUACAUCCACACGCUUAGCACGAGAUGAUCAGCCGGCAUGGCUUUCUCGGAGAGGUGAUGGCAAGGAUGGAGAACCUGAGGAUGCUGGUAACGAUUCCACAAAACCUGUUACUGGGAACCUCAUACGGUCAAACACUGGCGGAAGCGCGGCUCUUGGCUCCAUGUGGCCACCAUCUUCUGCCAGUGCAUCUGGUGGAUUUGGAAACUUCUCCAUUGGUGCCAGUUCCUCGAAUGCCGACAGACGAGCUGGUGCUGGUGCCAGCGGGAGUCGCCUUGCUCAUCUUAUCCCCAAGGAUGGCGCUGACGGCGCGAAGUCUGUUGAGUCGCAGCAGAGCCAGAGCUCGUGGAGAACUCGACCACGAACCGAUACGGAUCCCUUCGGCGACGCAGAGCUCUCAGGAAGUGCCAUUCUAGGUGGAUCGCAGGAUAUCGGAUUAGCUGCUAACCGUGCUGGCACACUGGGCACUCCUGUAAAGGGUUCUGCUGAAGACUUUGGCAUGUCUGGUCUUAACAUGAAGGACAAUGACGAUCCUAACAGCCCUGCCGAAACCAACCCGUAUCGCAGUCCCCACGCUGACCGUUAUGAGCAAGACUCCAGUGUAGCAGAAAAGUCUCAAGGCAGUGGGCAGGCCGAGCAGUCUGCAAUGUUCAGCAACUUGCCUCGAGCCUUUGGUGGUGGCGCAUUCGACGGUAGCGACCGAAGCCAGACAUCGAGUGUUGGAGCAAAAGCAUACCCUCUUGGUACACUCUCAGGAUGGCCUGCCCCUGCUCCAACCGGAACCCCAGAUCGUGAGCGUCCUAACUUUGGCAAUGCCUUUGGAAACGCACUAUUCGGCAAUGUUGGGGAUUUGCAGUCUCCCGCAUUGGGUGGCCUAGGCAAUGUCUUCGGCCCAACCGGUAGCGCCGGGCUCGGUGCUGGAAGUAUUAGCCGUGGAAGUAAACUUGGUUCUCUGUUCCCCCCUGCCAUGCAAGCCCAAAUGCAAGCUCAUGACCAUGAGAGUGCUGAUGGCGCUGACCUGCGUCACAACAAUUCGCUCGGUGCCAUUGGUCGAGGCGGCCUUGGUGGCCCUGCUCGUGAAACUGAUAGCCCCAUGAGAUCCGGUCGUGGUGUAUUUGAAGAGCUUUUCCCUGCAUCAGAGGCCUCUCGUUCCCACGGGUUUCCUGGAGAUGCCACACCUGGUGGUACUAUUCCUCAAUCCUUUACCCCUGUGUCAGGUGGCAUGCCUUUUGGUGGUGCUCACGCUGAACCGGCUCCUGGCCAGAUCAGACAAAUGGUCAUGCCGGAUAGAAUGAGAUGGGUUUAUCUGGACCCCCAAGGCCAAGUCCAGGGCCCAUUUACUGGCCUAGAGAUGAAUGACUGGUAUAAGGCCAACUUCUUUACGCCUGAUCUUCGCGUCAAGAAGGUCGAAGACAAAGAGUUUGAGCCUCUUGGCCAACUCAUUCGUCGCAUCGGUAAUUCCAGAGAGCCUUUCUUGGUUCCGCAGAUUGGUGUUCCUCAUGGCCCGCCUUCGCAAAAUGGCCCGUUCACCGCCAACACUGGCGCUGGCGUAGUCCCUCCCUUGAGCGGCGUUUUCCCCAGCUUCGGGAGAACCCUCACUGCUGAUGAGCAGAACAACCUAGAGCGACGCAAACAGGAAGAGCAGUACAUGAUGGCGCAGCAGCGCGACUAUGUCAUGCGCCAUCAAGCCAUCAACAAGUUUGGCCCUGGUCUGCAAUCCCAUUCCAGCGCCCACAGUCUUCAGAGCCAAACCAGUUUUGGUAGCAUGAAUAACCCCAUUGGCAUGCCUCCACAACCUCAUGCCAUCGGCUCCAAUAUGGCUCCUGGGUCAUUUGGAGAGCAUGGAGCCCAAGGUGGCGCCCGGUCAGCGGCGGGAAACGGUGAGCUUUUUCGUCAGGACGAGCUAGCAAACCUGUCUGCACCUGAGCGGCAAAUGCUUGCCAAUCUAGAAGACGCAGCUAAUCCCAUAGGUUCGGAUCGUUCCGACCUCCCUCGUCCAAGUGAGCUGGCAGAGGAUGGUGAAGGCUUCAAAGGUCGCCUCCAGGAAUUCGAAGGUCUCCGAGCCCAGCACGAUGCGGAGCAGGUUGCUGAUGCUGUGGCCGAGGAGGAUCAGAUUCAGCAGACUGCCCAUAAGAUUUCAGCCAAGGGUGCUGGUGAUGAUUCUCUAUCGCUCACCGAGCAAGUUCAAAUCACGCAGGCUGCCGCUGCUUCUGCCCCGGAGAUGCCUGGCAUGCCUAUGCCCUUCCCCCCACCCUCAUCCACGACUCCAUUGCCCGCUCCAACUGCCCAGCGUGCGCGUUCCAACUUGCCUGAGCAGUUUAGCCGCUCCCAAUCUGCCACCCCUGAGGUGGUUCAGCCUCCCCCAAUGGCCCCCUGGGCGAAAGAUAUGGGCAAUGAUGGACCCAAGGGACCUAGUUUGAAGGAAAUCCAAGAAGCUGAGGCUCGUAAGGCAGCCAAGGCUGAGGAACAUGCAGCUGCUAUUCGCAAGGCCGCCAUGGAGCAUGAAGAUGCAUUGCAACGCGAGCGCGAGCGCGCUGCGGCUGCGGCUGCCAAUGCUGCUGCGCUGCCUGCUUCUAGUACGUGGGGUCAUGGUUCUCCAGCGUCUGCAGGCACUCCUUGGGCAAAGCCUAGCGCUUCCAAGGGCGUUGCUACUGGCCCAGUGGCCAGCCCUGGCCCCAAAGGCAAGACAUUGGCUGAAAUCCAACGCGAAGAAGAGGUUCGCAAGCAGAAGGCCAGGGAUAUUGCCAUCCAGACCGGAGCCCCUCUUCCCGGAUCCAAGAGCUUCGUCAGCCUUGCUGCAAAGGCUACUAACAACGCUACUGGUCCUGCCGCAAUGGCACCACCUCCUGGUGCCGGAUGGGCUACCGUUGGAGCCGGUGGAAAGGUCAAAAGUCCUGCCAGCCCUGCUACUCCAACUCGUGCCUCGGUCCCAGCUCCUGUUAAGCCGGCUGUAAUUCCUGCGGCAAAGUCGAACCCCAAACCUACUAUGGCUCUCGCUCAGACCAGCACCGCUUCUGCCAUUGAUGAGUUCAACAAGUGGGUUCAGCGUGAACUAUCACGCGGUAUUACUGGCAUUGCGGACAUUGCCAGCUUCCAGGGUACCCUGAAUGAGCUUCCACUGGAUACCGGUCUUAUCGCUGAUGCAGUCUACGCUACCUCUACCACUAUGGAUGGACGGCGCUUUGCCGACGAAUAUGUCCGCCGUAAGAAGCUAGCGGAGAAGGGCGUUUUCGAAAAGAACGCCGGUGUCGAUAACCGUUCUACCAGUGGUGGUUGGUCUGAGGUUGCGAAGAAGGGUGGCAACGCCGCCGGUGCACCAGUCUCUCGUGAGCCUGAGAGUGCUGUCAUGGCUGGUGCGGCUUUUCGCGUAGUCUCCGGCAAGAAGAAGGGCAAGAAAUAGAGUGAUAGCUCUAUUUAUGAUGUUCUGGAAUCAGAACCCGCCUGAGGCAGCUUCCGAGCAAGCUGCAAACUAACUAAUUUAACAAACAUGUAACAAAAAGAAAUGCGGGUAUUGGGUUGCUGUUUUCACAACCAACCCCUCGCAAUAUGUACGACUGCAUUUAUGUACGGAGUGAUGGACUUUUGGCUAGCGGGGGGGUUUUUUUUUUGACGGACUAUGAAGGCGGCUACGAGGAUCAUGCCGUUUUGUAUAACUUAACCAAUAGAAAAGCGAAAAGACGAGGUGAAAACGGUAGCGGUUCUGUUUUGCGGCAGGCCGAUGUACUUUUAGGAAUCCAUCGGAAUUAAUACUGCCCACAAUACCUUACGUGUGUAUCCAGUAACGAACAUAGGUGAUAAAGUCAUUGACUGAGUGCUUUGUGACGGAGUAAAACGGAUGCUUUUAUCUAUAUGUGUUCCAAGACAACACAACCACAUCAAUCACAUAGCUAGUCUUGCCUACUUAUUCCUUGGAUAACUUGAGCCCCUCCAUGAGUCCCUCCAGUGUCGCCCAACCCUCAGUAUCUUGCCAGUUUUGCUUCGCUCUGCCCAUGACGCUGCGGACUGCACUGCGUGCCUUUCCGCGCCAUCUGGCGCCAAUCUCCUCGACAUCUGGCCCCCAGUUCUCGAGCACCGAAACAAGCUCAUCUGUGCGCUUGACAACCUCCAUCCAUGCGGCCUCGUCCUCUGUCCAGUCCGACCCGGAAGACUCACCAGCCAGCAAGCUGCUGCCAGAGGAUCCAAAGGCAGCGCGCCACGCUCGUUCGGCAGCAUCGAUGGCACCGUGGUAAUCGCGGUGCCAGGCGCGCAGGCGGGACACGAUGGACCACAGCUCAGAACGCUUCGUGAUGAGCGGCGCAAUCUCUUCUUCAAUCAUGCGAGAGAUGAGGCGCUCCGUUGUUCCGCGUGGAGGCUCGUACACGUCCGUCUUGGAGUCGCGGGCCUUGAGUAGGACUUCGCGCUGGAGCAAGACGUUGAGAACGUCGGCGUUGACGGCGUCUUCCGUCUUGCGGAUGCGCACGAUUUGCGUCAUGGCAAGGACCAUAUCUGCAAUGGCGGGCGGUCGCAUACGUGCCGCCAAGGUUACAACAUUCUCCCAGAUGCGCCAGUUGUCAUUGGCGAUGGAGGCGCCCUUUUUGAAAGCGGCCAGCGCCUGUGCAAGGAGCUUAGCUGGGUCGCGACUGACGAGCUUCUCGUCCACGAUUGGCACAAUGGUGUCUUCGUCUUCAUCUUUCGCCUUCUCGAUGGUCUUGUGCUCGGGCGCUAGUGUCUCGCCGGAAGCCAGGACUUCGGCACAAAGACUCCACAGCGCGGAGCCCAGGUUGCUCCACGUCUUGGCGUCCUCGCCGCCAGCUUCGUCGUUGGCGCUCCCAAUGGAUCUGGUAAAUGCUUCGGCCGCGUCUUCGAAUCGGUUGAGACGAAGGCUAAUGUCACCAAGACGACCCCACAUCUCAGGGUUCAUUCGAUUGACGGCAGUUGCCUUUUUAUAGGCCUCCUGGGCCUUGGCCCAUUCUCCUUUUCCAAUGUAGUAUUCGCCAAGAGAGCGUUGGGCGCGACUAAAGUGGCGGUUGGAGAGCUCCCAUGCACGUUCGUAGUGGUUUGGAUCCUGUUCCAAGUCACCCAGAAUGCACCAGAGGCGGGCAGCGUCGGAGGGAGGAGGGCUGCGUUCAGGGCCGGCAAAAUCAGCAGGCUUCAGGUGUGUGACUUCGUCGCCGAUUUCGUCUUCGUCUUGAUCCAGACUCUUGGCUACAUCCGCCGUUUGCCCCGUUCUGUAGAAGAGCCUCCAACGGACGAUACCGCGGGCUUUAUCAUCGCCACCGCUGCCUCGUCCAUCGUCAUCUUGGGCUGCAGCAGCGCUAGCAAGGCACAAAGCAACUUCAGCCCACAGGCGGAGGCGUUGGAAGAUUUCCUGUGCCGAGAUGAGGGAUCCUACACUAGCCCAAGCGAACGCAAGUUCGGAUUCAAGAUGCCAGCGGGGAGGAGUUGACAAGGCGUGGAUAUAGCGUAGACGGAUAUCGGCUGGUGCGGACUCUGAGGCAGUAGGGGCCGGGAGGAAUGUGGUAGGGAUAUUGGAGGGGGGAGCAGCUGUUUGCUUAUCUUGUCCAGGAGCUGAAACCUCAAUGGAAGGCACAUCAGCAUGUUCGCCUUUGGAUUUUUUCUCAGAUGCCUGAGAGGCGUAUGUUGUAUCGGAGAGUACUUGAUCCGCGAGUGCUUGUAACUGUAGAAUACCACGCUCCAUAGUGCGACUUCGAUGGACCUCGAUUCUGGAGCGUACAAGCAGAGCCUGGGUGUAAAUCUGCCAGUUUGUUGAUUUAUCAGCGAUUACACGGGUUGCAAAGGGCAGAAUCUCUUCGGCCGUUAAUGAGUCGACUGGCGAGAAGGCAUCCUUGAGAGUCGCUUCGGCGAGGAGGAUGAUUUGGUCAAGAGGGUUAAGUUGGGGUUGGUUGUCAGGAGCCAGAGCAGCCAGCGCAGGAGGUAGCUCGGGAUUUGACUCCUCUUUCGCAGUUUCACCCGCUGCUGCAAACUGGACUUCUUCAAGCAGGGUAUCGUUGUUAAGAGGAAGAGCUUGGGGCUUGGGGGUGUUGGACUCAACGUCGUUGUUCUUGUCGUUGUCGUCACUACUGUUGCUUUUGGCGAGAACAACCAUUUGGCUGAUGCUCUUUUCUUGGAACCUCGUUCUCUUACCAAGGGCCCCUGACAAAGCAAAGGAUAGCCCACUAGUUUGUGCAGCCUCUUUAAUUGUUGAUUUGGCUAAAUCAGAUCGGCCAAGCAGGAUGUAGUUGUUGGCAGAUUCCAAGAGAUAUUCGACUUUUUCAUCAACAUUCCAUGCCUCGUCUUCAGCCCAUACAUCUCCGCCCAUGAUCCUUGAUCUGACCGACUCCAUGAGAUCGAGAAUUUGCUUUGCCAACGUAGGCAGCUCACUCCACUGUGAGCUCUUUGUAAAGUUUGCACCGCCAAAGCUGGGCUGGGCAAUCAGCUUGUAAUGCCAGGCGUGGAUUCGCAGCCUCGUCCAUGAUAAACUAUAUUUUACUGAUUCGCCAUCUGGUCCAGUAGGAAGAGUAAUGGUAUCCGUCGACAGAGACGUAAGGGCUGUGGUGAAAAUGUACUUGGCGAGACAGAAAAGCUCGAUGUAGGGAAUAUGUGGAUACGGAGCAAGUCCAUCAACCGCUAGAUAUUUAAGACAAGCUCUGCGCAUAUGUGACAAUGUACAUGUCCAUUCUGAUGCGAAUUUUGUCUCUAAAGAUUCAAUCUCCUUGGAGGGGACCACUGGGCCAGUCACAUUGAUCUGGAGGAACAGUUGUAGGGCAGCUAGACCCAGGGUGAAGGCCUCAGCAGUUUCGUCUUCAGAUAGUAUGUCGCUUUGUCGAUUUUCCGAUGCAGUUUGGUCAACUGAUUUAACCAGAGCCGCUAUGAGGCGGCCGGAGAGAAAGCUUUCGUUGAUUAUAUAGAUCGCAUCGCGCUGGCCUACGGAGGCAGUCUGGUUGGCGGUUUUCUGACUCAUUUCGGAUUGCUUGAGCCUUGAUUCGUAUUGUAACCUCCAACAACUACUUGAACAACGUAGCUUAUUGGCUCGAAACCUCAAUCAAUCGGGGGACCCUCCUCGAGCGUUAGGUCGUUGAUGGAAGCUUCGAGAGCGGCGGGGCAAGGCUGGCAACGGUUGGUUAUUGCACCGCUGGAAUCCGAUAAAUCGUCUAAAUUUCUAUUUGCAAAGAUCAACUGGCUAGUCUUCAGGUACAAAUCGUCUUGCACCUGUCUCUUCGGUUGACGGGGAGCUGUUCACUGUUUCUUGUUGACAUUGGCGGGGUUGUGACGAAAUCGAAACUUUUUUUUGCCUUAUCGCUGUUAUCGCGCGUUGAUGUCCCCCGCCAACGAUUGUCGUUGGCCGCAAGCUGAUUCUUAUAAUAGUAAAGCAAAAGAAAAGAAAAAGUUUUCAACAACUUAUAUAAUCAAUUCAGAUUCUCUAUUUAGGUAAAAGUAUAUCUAUCCGCUUUGUGAAAUGCUCCCAAGUCUAAAAUACACAAAUCACAGAUUACUGCCUACACCUUCUGUCCUGGUAUAACAUGCCAUUUCAAGUAUUGCCAUAAUUAGAAGAAGAGCAAAGGCAAAAGAUUGAAGCAUACUAAGUGAUCUAAUUUAGCAUAAGGAUAAUGAUGGUUUGACCAAUUUAAACGCCCCUAUACAUGCCAGCAUCUCCAUAAGCCACGGUAAGAUGGGAUGUUACGGUUCGACGCAUCUAUGAAAGAGUAUGGUUACGAGAUCUUUUGGGACUAUGCUCACGGGGGCCACCAUUCGGCGCUUUUUGCUGUACUUACUGGGAAUAAUUGGGUUAUUUUCACCACUAGUCCAUCCCAUCUCAUACUCUGAUAACCUCAGCGGAGACUUUUGCAAGGCUCUCGGGUAUCGUUCGGGACCGCGACGGC